AUGUGGAUCGACUUCAUUUCCUGCCUGGACAAUAUAUGGGAUAUCUCAGACUAUGCUGAUGAAAUGCAAGAUAUCUGGGACCGCGCUUUUCCAAACAUCACGCACAUUGUCUCAAAGAAGAACGAUCCAGUCUACAAACUGUUAAUGCAAUGCGCAUACGAUUACCGCAGUGACUUUGGAGAACGAGCUGAACUUGUAGUUUGCAAGUUCCUAGAAAGGAACAAAUGGGACCCUGAUGCGAUCCGUGUAGCUGUCGCAUUUCUCGUCCCCGAACAAACCAAGCUUGUCGACGCAGCUGGUCAUAUUACAUGGGUCAAUCCCAAUAUCUAUCCUUACAUGUGGAAGGUAGUUGAAGGUGACACACAAGGCACUGAAGAUUGUCAAGGUGCCUUUGAAGAUGCAUGUAUCCUGGACGUUUUUGCACUCUACCUGGAGAAUGUGCACAAUCUUCCAAAGGAGUUUCGCCGCCAAAGUAUGCCAAAGGGAGCUUUGGCCAUUGCCACAGCUGCGGUUGAACGUGCAUGGAAGAUGUGGUCAAUGGGGACUUAUGUGAAACCGAAAAGAGCCACACAGUCACAAUUUGCCGAGGGCCUCUGGAACGACCGCACUUCAUUGGUGAUGGAAUCUCUCAAUAAAGCUAGUCGCAGGAAAUGGAAGAAGAUCUUCAAGGGUGCGAAGGCCUUCAUUGAUGCUCAUCGAAAGCGGCCAUCUCGUCGUGCACAGGCACAAAGGAACAGCAUGGGGACUAAUGGGCGCGCUGCCUGCAUCAAAGACGAUUCUGGAACAGACUCUGGAUCUGAUAUUUUGUUGAUGGUUUGA